AGCUAUGUAAACCAUCCAAGGUUCUACAGGGUCAAAUUAUUUUGGAGAUAUUUUGAGAAACAUCACCAAUGCAUUCGUGGUAUUAAUUUCAUCUGAGCUGCAAACCAAAGCUGAAAGCAACUGAUGUCGAGCAGUUGCAGCCAGCUAGCAGAGUUAAAUAAAAGAUUUACUGCCAAUCGGUUCCAUCGGUCCCAUCGGUCCCAUUUGAGAAACCUUGGAAAGAUCCACAUAGCAAGUGAGGGGUAUAAUUCAAUCCAAUAUGGAAUCGGGAUCACAUCGUUUCCUUGAAUGAUCGGUCACUUUCCUACCCACUCUCUCCAGGAUAUCCUUGUAUACAUUUGUUCGUCUCCAGCAUCUGUCACAGCACCACUUUAAUAAUAAUAGAAGAAGAACUCCAGAAUGGCAGUGUCAAAGACAGUCAAGGUCCCUCAUCUGAGUGGCAUCGCCGCAGGAUACAAACUUUCCAGUGACACAUACGACGCCUCAAAGCCCACCUGUGUGAUGAUCAACUCCAUGUGCACGACUGCCUCGCUGUACACUAACCAAUUCGAAAAUAAGCAGCUCACCAGCAUCAUGAACCUCCUUGCCAUCGAGCCGUUAGGACAUGGAGCCACCAGCUCGCCCACAGAUCACUUCACAUACUGGGACUCGGCAAUCAUGGCGCUGCAGGUGAUGGAGGAGCUCGGAAUUCAGAAAGCGUUCGCACUGGGGACUAGCCAAGGUGGAUGGAUUGUGACGCGCAUGGCGCUGUUGGCUCCUGAUCGGAUUCUUGGGAUCAUGCCCCUAGGCACGUCAAUGGACUAUGAAUCGGAAGUCUCGAGGACAAAGGGAUGCUGGGACCCGGCUACCUCCCUAACACCCUUUUACGAGAAUCUGAACAGCGUCACAGAAACGCCCGAUUUCGUAAUAGACGAAGUCUGGUGUGGGAUGGUAGCCAGUGUUGGAUUGGGCGAAGGCGCAGAUGCUGAGUUGGUCGAAUUCUGGAUAAACACUGUGCGGAGCGUCUAUUCUGGCGACGAGGGGAGAAGGAAGGCGCGUAUGGCGUUGAUAUGCCUUAUUAGCAGAGACGGGCUGCUGCUUCGACUGAGGGAUGUUAAAUGCCCUGUUUACUGGCUACAGGGCACCAAAGAUAUCCCUUUCGGCACAACCUAUCCCCAGGAGCAAAUAGAGCUCUUUACGGGCUCGAGGGAAAAGAAACUUAUAUUGGUCGAAGGAGGCGCGCACUAUCUCAACGCAACCAGUCCAAAAGAGGUAGAUGAAGCCCUCAUCGAGAUGGUCAACAAGUAUAAGUAAUAAAGAAAUCUUCAUCGACGUGACAAGCACUAUCACUCGAGGAACAUGUGCUCAGCAGGAGUUAAAUUUCAAGCUUCCGUUUCGGAAUUGGAAGAGAAUUGGGAGGCUUGGCACCUACCCUCUUCGGUGCUUACGAGAGUGGCGCGAGUACUGAGUACCCAUGGCUUCCCUGGAUCUUUUAAGAAAUAUACAGAUUAUUUACGGAGUACAUUUUAUAUCGUAAAAAAUAAGCCCUAUUUUGCAACUGUACUGCAUUUGUUCUGAUAUUAAUGUGCCGUCACUCUAAGCCAGGGGUGGUCACCUUGUCUGCGUGAUCACUAAAUUUA